AUGGCUCUCACGGCUACACCAGCUGUUCCGCACAACUGGGGGCGGUGGCCACAGCAACUUCCUCACGAUUUUGGCAUCAUGGAAGCGCCGUUUAUGCCCUAUGACUCUCGCGGAAACUCAGCUCAGAUGCCAAGGCCCAUGCCGCCCCAAUAUGUUGUGCCUCCUUCAUACAGCUCGGCGCCAAUGACAUCCAUGACCACUGCUCACUACCAAGCUCAGAACGCCUACGCCACGUAUGCGCCGUAUCAGAGCCCUCCGCCGUCGACUCCCGUCGGAUCGCCUUUUAAACCCGAGUUUCAAGACCGCCCUCACCCCCUUCCAAUGGGACCAGAUUCUGAGUCUUUGCGCGCGGCUUCAUCUCGACGAACAUCGAGACAGACGAGUAAUGCUCGCCUGCAUUCCCCAGCCCGGAGUGACUCCAACAUUUCCGUCGCACCCUCAGCUACCUCGAACCCAACCGCCAACUCCAAGACCAUCACAUACAACGAGACCAUUAACCCGGCUGAUCGCAUCAACUUUGAGACGGAUGUGGACGAACUCAUGAAGGCAAUUCAAUCCAAAGAAGAAGCGAGCAAUGAAGCGCCCGGGCAGACCUUGACCCCCGCCCACACACCAAAAGCUGAGAUAUCUAUGGAUGUCCAAAGCCCAGCAAACUCUUGCCAUGCUUCUACGACUGCCUCUGAAGUCAAGCCAAAGAAGAAAUGGGUUUGUGACGGCCCAAAUUGCAACAAGCGAUUCGUUCAGAAGACACACCUUGACAUCCACCGCCGAACCCAUACUGGCCUUAAGCCCUACAUCUGCACCAAAGACAACUGUGGACUUACCUUCUCCCAACGUGGAAACCUGAAGACUCACAUGCGUCGUCACACUGGUGAAAAGCCAUAUUCUUGCAGCAUCUGCGGCAAGACGUUUGCCCAGAGAGGAAAUGUCCGAUCCCACGAAGAAACGCACAAAGGCCUCAAGCCUUUUAUCUGCAGGCUCGAUGAUUGCAACAAAGCAUUUUCUCAGCUCGGUAACAUGAAGACCCAUCAGAACAACUUCCACAGGGAAACCCUCAAGGACCUUACCGCGAUGUUCGCCAGAUUUGUGCAACAGGGCGAGGUCCCGGACGAGCACCAGGACCUUUUCGAGUACUUCAAAGAGCACUACAAGAACAGCAAUAAAGGCAUCAAAGGACGCGGCAAGGCCAGAACUGUUGCUGUCAGGAAGCCCAAGGGCAACCCUCACCAGAGUACUCCUGCAGUGCCCAUUAUGGCAAACCAGUUUUCGAAUCCCCACAUGUCCAACUCGGCUCCGGGAUAUGUUGCUCGAAGCUUCGGGGUGUUUGGGGCUGAGCACGACCACGCGGCAAGCAGUAUGCUCUACGAGGACGAGCAUGCCCGGCAGAUGGCUUUUGCCAACCGCCUGUACUAA